AUGUCUUCCAACAAAGGCUACGAUGUCACCAGCUCCGGCACCAACAGCCAGGAACUGCCCGUCGGCACCGAGUCAAUCGAGGGGGGGCCGUUGCAUGCUUUCCCCGAGCCAUUCAAUAAAAUCAUACUGACCAGGAUUAGGGCAACCAUUAUUGCUCCCGAGACUACGGCUCUAGUGCCUCCAACUCGAACAGCUAUCACUAUUCGAACUCGUAAGAUCAACACAACUGGUCCGGGCGUUCUUUUGCACGUGAAUGGCUCAUACUACUACUCCAACCCCAACGGUAGCACCUAUUAUAACAAUGGAAGCGGUGGCUCGACCUACACUCCCUCCUCAAACUCGGGCUCGGGCUCGGGCUCGAGCUCGAAGAAAUAA